AUGAGGUUGGGGGAAGAUGUGGAGCUUAUGCAAGUAGCAAAGUGCAUCGAACUCUUCACAAGUGCAGAUCGAGAAGUACAAACGAAUCACGAAAAGCUGGCAAAGGAGAAAGACGCAAGCUCCUCCAUCAAGAAAAGCAGCCUCUAUCAAAGCUGCCUCCGCUCGGAGAUUCGAGCCAAUAAUCGUGCAGCGGCGGACGGCCAGUCUUGCGCGUCGGAUCCCUCUGCAUAUACUGCUAUUCUGAAGGAACAUAUCAAAGCCCUAGCCGAUCGGUUCAUGAAGGAGGGAGCUGAGGAUUUGUGGAACGAGGAUGAUGGACCGAUUUACGAGAAGAGGGCGAGGUUGGAGAAGGAAGCGGUGGAGGUGAAGAAGUUGGGAUCGUUUCAGCAGAGGCGAGAGUAUUCAACGAGGAGGAUGAUGAGGAAUCUGUCGAGUGAAGACGAGGAUGAGGAGCUUGAUGGUGGGGGUUUGAUUAGGAAAGAGUCCAAGUUUUCGAGAUUUGGGAGUACGAAGGAGGGGGCUGAGGGUUUGGAGAAGUUUGUGAAGGAUGGGAAGGGUUCAUUUGGAAAGUUGGGAUCUUUUCAGCAGAGGGAGAAUUCUCCACGGAGGAUGAGGAAUUUGUCAAGUGAUGAUGAGGAUGAGGAGCUUGAGGGGUUGAAGAUUUCUAAGUUUGGAAUUAGGAAAGAUGAGGAUGAGGAAGAGGAAGAGGAUAGAGGAUUUGAUGGUAGGACGAAGAAGAAGAUGAGUUGGGCAGCAUUGAGGAAUUUCGAUGCAAAAAAGGAGAGGAGAAAGCUGAAGGGUGAUAAUGAUUGUGAGGAGAGUGACUUACUGGAACAAAUUCGAGGAAUUCGUAAAGAUAUUAAGAAGAGAGAGUCUUUUGGGAGUGGAGCAAAGGCUACGGAAGAGUCUGUAAUUACUCAAAAGAGAUUUGAUGAAUGCAACAUCUCUCCCUUAACAAUUAAAGCAUUGAAUUCUGCUGGAUAUGUUCAAAUGACUGUUGUCCAAGACGCUGCACUUCCCGUUUGUCUUGAGGGUAAGGAUGUUCUGGUUAAAGCAAGAACUGGCACUGGGAAAACUGCGGCUUUUUUGCUUCCUGCAAUUCAAGCAGUUCUCAAGGUGACAAGCAGCAAAUCAAAUUAUCGGGUGCCUCCAAUACUUGCGCUAAUUGUCUGUCCUACAAGGGAGCUAGCCAUUCAAGUAGCUGCAGAGGCUAAUGUUUUGUUAAGGUACCAUGAUGGCAUAGGCGUUCAAACUUUGAUUGGAGGUACAAGGUUCAAGCUUGAUCAGAAGCGUUUAGAAUCUAAUCCUUGCCAGAUAAUAGUUGCAACCCCUGGCAGGCUAUUGGAUCACAUUGAGAACAAAUCUGGAUUCUCUGGACGUUUAAUGGGUUUGAAAAUGCUUAUACUUGACGAAGCUGAUCACUUGCUGGACUUAGGAUUUAGAAAAGACAUAGAGAAAAUUGUUGACUGCAUCCCUCGCCAGAGACAGUCGUUAUUAUUUUCUGCAACAAUUCCUAAAGAGGUUCGGAGGAUUUCUCAGGUUGUCUUGAAAAAAGAGCAUGUCUUUGUGGAUACUGUGGGCCUGGGAAACGUUGAAACUCCUGCCAAGGCUAUGCAAUCAUUUAUUGUUGCGCCACAGGAGCACCACUAUCAUUUGGUUCAUCAGCUUCUAAAGGAACAUAUCAUGAAAGAGCUUGAUUACAAGGUUAUUGUGUUCUGCACAACUGCUAUGGGUGCGGCGUUUAUGUAUGUCCUACUUCGAGAUUUGAAGAUGAAUGUUAGGGAAAUGCAUUCCAGAAAGCCUCAACUUUAUCGAGCUCGUAUAUCUGAUGAAUUUCGGGAAUCAAAGCGUUUGAUUCUUGUAACAUCAGACGUGUCUUCUCGUGGUGUGCAUUAUCCUGAUGUCACUUUGGUGAUUCAGGUUGGAAUUCCUUCUGAUCGUGAACAAUACAUACAUCGACUUGGAAGAACGGGACGCGAAGGCAAAGAUGGUAAAGGCAUUUUAUUGCUUGCACCAUGGGAAGAAUAUUUCAUGCAAGAGAUGAAAGAUCUCCCUAUAGAGAAGCAUCCUCCACCUGAGAUGGAUUCGGUUAUAAAGCAAAAGGUGGAGGAAUCUAUUGGAAAAGUAGAUACAAGCAUCAAGGAAGCGGCAUAUCAUGCAUGGCUCGGAUACUAUAAUUCGAUUAGCGAUAUAGGAAGAGAUAAAACUUUGCUUGCCGAUCUUGCAAAUAAAUUUUGUCAUUCAAUUGGUUUGGAGAAGCCACCUUCUCUUUACAGGAAAACAGCACUGAAGAUGGGGUUGAAGGAUGUACCUGGUAUUCGAAUAAGGAAGUAAAAACUAUUUAUAAGAGACAAAUUGUUCUUCGCUUUCAAGCUCGGGAUUAAGAAUUUGCAAUUUACAGGACUACAGUAGCAAAGAAUAUGUACAGUAGCAGUAAUGUCCUCGGUUGAGGAGUUAAUUCUUGUAAAUCCUGCCUCUAGUGAAUGCAGGUAUCAGAAAAUGACGUGGGAAAUUAAUUUUGAAUAUACAGGGAUGUAUUCAUGCAAAUUUAUUCCAUGGCGUAUUUAGUUCA